UGCAAAAGGUCUCUCUGUUUUUCUCAAGACCCUCCGCUGCUGCCGACCUGCCUGGGGACACCAUGCAACUCUCCUGAGUCUGCUCCCUUGGCAGUGAGCACCCGUGGGAGGCAGGGCGAGAGAUAACGUACCGCUUGAAGAUCCCCACAUUACCUCACCAGAUAAGGCAGAGGGAGGGGAUGGAGCCGAGCGCAGUGGACAUUGGGCCUUUGGGUGGAAGAGCCCCUUCACGCAGCUCGAGGGAGACACUAAAGUGCUGUCAUUUAGAGACCGGUUCGGUGGCCUCGCCGCUGGUUCCCAUGGCUGAGCGAGCGGUACGAGAGGAUGUGGCACAGGAGCGGGGAGAGAUGGGAGGAAAGAGUGUGAGGACGCACAGAUGGACACAACCAUGCGUAAAACAGGCAACGCAUCGAGAGCCAAAGAAGUGGGCAAAGUCUGGGCCGACAACUCCAUCCAGGGCAUAUAAGAGCCAGAACUCUCCUGAGAAUGCAGCGAGAGAGAGGAGUCGUGUUCGAAACCUCAGACAAGCCUUCCACAGCCUGCAGGCGGCUUUACCCUCCGUCCCUCCCGACACAAAACUCUCCAAGCUGGACGUGCUGGUCCUGGCCACCAACUACAUCGCCCACUUGACCGAAACCCUGGACCAGGAUGGGAUGUUGGGGGACCAUCCCAUCCUGCAGAGAGCAGAGUACCUGCAUCCUGUGAAGAAAUGGCCCAUGCGUUCACUUCUCUACUGUGGGAACAUAGGAGAGCGACUAGCGGGAGCUCAGAUCAGUCAGGAGGGAUCUUGCCCACCUAAGGUGAAAGCAGACUAAUGGACUGAAAUACUGAGAAUUGUUGGACAGUUCCAUUUUUUUGUGAAUGGAAAAUAUAGAUUUGAGCACAAUUUUUUAAGUACGAUCUCUUUUAUCAGUUAUGUUUCCACAUUAUUUACCUUUUAUUUUGAUAAAUCACUAUAUAAUUGUUUACCCCACAUAUAUACUGUAUAGUCAGUUGUUCACUUGUCCCAGUCUUCCAUAGU